AUGGUGACAGUGCCGGGCAACAAUCGUGGAUCUCCUUCCUUGGUGCAGCAAGAAGAGGAUCAACCAAAGAAGCCCCUAUGCAAGGCUGCUAUUCUCUCCCCACGUCCAUUAGAGCAAGAGGGAAAAGCCCCUAUUGGUUGUGAUUGAAUUCUUAAUUUUUGUUUAAUACAAUUCACAUUUCGUCAAUCAAUGACCUUCCUCAUUUUGGUGAUUUCAUCAUUCAAAUUAUCAUGAGUUCAUAAUUAAUUAAUAAUAUAUUUUUAGCCUUAACUCAUGAUAAAUAGACUUGUAUUUAUGUUAAAUUAUGAAAAGUAGUUUUUAGGUUGUUAAUGUGAAUUUGUGGCUAAUUAUGUGAUUUUAUGUCAAUUUGUAUAAUUUUUAUAAUCCUAUUUUUAAGAAAAAUGAAAAAAAGUAUAAUAAAAAAAAGAAGGAAGCCAUUGGCCAGUCGAGCCCACAAACGGGUUGGAAGUGCACUCAAACAGAGCCGCGAGUAG